AUGCAAAAAUUUUCUUUAAAUUUUUUGAUAUAUACUAUUGGUGGUAUAUGGCGACCGAUUGAAUGGUCAUCAAAUGUAGUCAGUUUUCUGUAUAAUGUAUUUACUUGUAUUGUAUUACUCUUGGAAUACUUUAUGAUGUUAACUCAAUUCCUGGAUUUUCUAUUUGUUAUCGACAAUAUCGAAGAUUUCGUUGCUAAUUCUGUAAUGUUCGUGAGUGUUUGUGCUGUCGUAUGUAAAGCGACUGUCGUUGUAAUACACCGCAAUGCGAUCAUUAACUUGAUACAAGUAUUGUUGAAAGGUCCUUGUAAACCUCGAGAUGAGGACGAAAUAGCAAUACAAAUAAAAUUUGAUAAAUUCAUCAGAUUGUGUUCAAUAAAAUAUGCACUUUUGGCGACAGGCUCACUUACAGGCAUCAUAAUAGGAUCAGUAUUAAAUAUAAUGCAGGGUCAACUACCUUAUCGAAUAUGGUUACCAUUGGAUUAUAAUGUGCCUCUAGUGUUCUGGAUUAUAUCUAUUCAACAAGUUAUGACUAUAUUUUUUGGCACUAUCAUAAAUGUCGGUACGGAAACCCUAGUCUUUGGAUUAAUUUUAGAAACGUGUGCCCAACUCGAAAUUUUCGAAAAUCGUCUUCACAAAUUAAUAAAUAAUAAAACAGUUAAAUAUCUGGGAAAUGCACUCUGCUCGUUGAAUGAGGACAAAAGAGGAAUAUCGAAAUGCAUACGACAUCAUCUCAGUAUUUACAAAUAUGCUAAAACGGUAAACGUUAUAUUUAACCAGGUGCUUUUCGUUCAAUUCUUUGUAAGCAUAUUGGUAUUAUGUACAAGUGUGUAUUAUCUGUCAACACAUAUUACAGAAUUGUCUGGUACUGUAACUUUUUUAUUGUAUACCAUUGGCAUGUUUGUACAAAUCUAUAUUUAUUGCUGGUCUGGAAACGAAGUCAUUAUUAAGAGUAUGAGGGUAGGAGACGCUAUAUAUUGUAUGGAUUGGCCAUUAUUAUCAAUUAAUGAAAAAAAAGAAUUGCUCAUGGUCAUGAUACGAAGUACAAUUCCCAUAAAGUUCACUAGCAGCUUCUUGAUAAUUCUAUCCCUUCAGUCUUACAGCAAUGUUAGUAGAACUUCAAAUAUGCAAAUGUUUUCUUUAAAUUUUUUUCUGUAUACCAUUUGCGGUAUAUGGCGACCGAUUGAAUGGUCAUCAAAUGGUGCCAAUUUUCUGUAUAAUGUAUUUACUUAUAUUGUAUUACUCUUGGAAUACUUUUUGAUGUUAACUCAAUUCCUGGAUUUUCUAUUUGUUAUCGAUAAUAUCGAUGAUUUCGUUGCUAAUUCUAUAAUGUUCGUGAGUGUUGCUGCUGUCGUAUGUAAAGCGACUGUCGUUGUAACACGUCGCAAUGCCAUCAUUAGCUUGGUACAAAUAUUGUUGAAAAGUCCUUGUAAACCUCAAGAUGAGGACGAAAUGGCAAUACAAACAAAAUUUGAUAAAUUCGUCAGAUUGUGUUCAAUGAAAUAUUUACUUCUGGCGAUAAGCUCACUUACAGGCGUCAUAAUAGGAUCAAUAUUAAAUAUUAUGCACGGUCAACUACCUUGUCGAAUAUGGUUGCCAUUGGAUUACAAUGUGUCUCUAGUGUUCUGGAUUAUAUCUAUUCAACAAGUUAUGGCUAUAAUUGCUGGCACUAUUAUAAAUGUCGGUACGGAAACCCUAGUCUUUGGAUUAAUUUUAGAAACGUGUGCUCAACUCGAAAUUUUCGAAAAUCGUCUUCACAAAUUAAUAAAUAAUAAAACAGUUAAGUAUCUGGGAAAUGCACUCUGCUCGUUGAAUGAAGAUAAAACAGGAAUAUCGAAAUGCAUACAACAUCAUCUCAGUAUUUACAAAUAUGCCAAAACGGUAAACGUUAUAUUUAAUCAGGUACUAUUCAUUCAAUUUUUCGGUAGUAUAUUGAUAUUAUGUACAUGUAUAUAUUACCUAUCAACGCAUAUUACGGAACUGUCUGGAAUUGCAACUUUAUUAGUAUAUAUCAUUUGCAUGUUUGUACAAAUUUAUAUUUACUGCUGGUCCGGAAACGAAGUUAUGCUUAAGAGUAUGAGCAUAGGAGAGAGUAUAUAUUGUACGGAUUGGCCACUGUUAUCAGUUACUGAAAAGAAAGAAUUGCUGAUAAUUAUGAUAUGUAGCACAAUUCCUAUUAAAUUUACCAGCAGCUUCAUGAUAACUUUAUCUCUUCAAUCUUACAGCAACAUCUUAAAAACGUCAUACUCCGCAUUUAACGUACUUCAAAAACAAAAUAUAAAUAAUAUAACUUAA